GCGGGGCCGCGUAGCGCCGGCUGCGGGCCGGGAUGGCGGCUCCGGCCGGGCGGUGGGCGCUGGUCCUGGGCACGGCGCUGCUGCUGAGCGGCCGGCGCUGCCCCGCAGCCCCGCUGCUCAACGGCUCGGCCGGGCCCGAGCGCUGCCGUCGGACCGCGUCCUGCGAGCAGCUGCGGUUCGGGUCCUGCCUCGGUUCGGCGCUGCCAUACGCGGCCACAUCCACGGUGUUGGCCACGGAUUCGGCUUCGCAGGAGGAGGCGCAUGGGAAGCUCCUGCUGUGGUCCGGCCUGCGCAAUGCCCCACGCUGCUGGGACGUCAUCCAGCCCCUGCUCUGCGCUGUCUACAUGCCCAAGUGUGAGGACGGGCAGGUGGAGCUGCCCAGCCAGACCCUGUGCCAGGCCACCCGGGCACCAUGCACCAUCGUGGAGCGCGAGCGCGGAUGGCCAGACUUCCUCAAGUGCACCACGGACCGCUUCCCUGAGGGAUGCCCGAACGAGGUGCAGAACAUCAAGUUCAACAGCUCGGGGCAGUGCGAGGCACCGCUGGUGAGGACAGACAACCCCAAGAGCUGGUACGAGGACGUGGAGGGUUGUGGCAUCCAGUGCCAGAACCCGCUCUUCACCGAGAAGGAGCACCGCGAGAUGCACGUCUACAUCGCUGCCUUCAGCUCCGUCACCAUCUUCUGCACCUUCUUCACCCUGGCCACAUUUGUUGCUGACUGGAGGAACUCCAACCGCUACCCGGCCGUCAUCCUCUUCUACGUCAACGCCUGCUUCUUCGUGGGCAGCAUCGGGUGGUUGGCACAGUUCAUGGAUGGAGCCCGUGAUGAGAUCGUGUGCCGGGCUGACGGCACCAUGCGGCUGGGAGAGCCCACCUCCAACGAGACGCUCUCCUGUGUCAUCAUCUUCAUCAUCGUUUACUACUCGCUGAUGUCGGGUGUCAUCUGGUUUGUCAUGCUCACCUAUGCCUGGCACACCUCCUUCAAGGCGCUGGGCACCACCUACCAGCCGCUGGUGGGCAAGACCUCCUACUUCCACCUCAUCACCUGGUCCAUCCCCUUCGUCCUCACCGUGGCCAUUCUGGCUGUAGCACAGGUGGACGGUGACUCUGUCAGUGGCAUCUGCUUCGUGGGGUACAAGAACUACCGGUACCGGGCUGGCUUUGUCCUGGCGCCCAUCGGGCUUGUCCUCGUCGUGGGUGGCUACUUCCUCAUCCAGGGGGUCAUGACGCUCUUCUCCAUCAAGAGCAACCACCCUGGGCUGCUGAGCGAGAAGGCAGCCAGCAAGAUCAACGAGACCAUGCUGCGCCUGGGCAUCUUUGGCUUCUUGGCCUUUGGCUUUGUCUUCAUCACUUUUGGUUGCCACUUCUAUGACUUCUUCAACCAGGCAGAGUGGGAACGCAGCUUUCGGGAUUAUGUCCUGUGUGAGGCCAACGUGACCAUCGCCACGCAGACCAACAAGCCCAUCCCUGAGUGUGAGAUCAAGAACCGGCCGAGCCUGCUGGUGGAGAAGAUCAACCUCUUUGCCAUGUUCGGCACUGGCAUCUCCAUGAGCACAUGGGUCUGGACCAAGGCCACACUGCUCAUCUGGAGGCGCACAUGGUGCAGGCUGACGGGGCAGAGCGAUGACCAACCCAAGAAGAUCAAGAAGAGCAAGAUGAUCGCAAAGGCCUUCUCCAAGCGCAAGGAGCUGCUGCGUGACCCAGGCCAGGAGCUGUCCUUCAGCAUGCACACCGUGACACACGACGGCCCUGUGGCUGGGUUAGCGUUUGACAUCAACGAGCCCUCAGCUGACGUGUCCUCUGCGUGGGCCCAGCACGUCACCAAGAUGGUGGCCAGGAGAGGAGCCAUCCUGCCCCAGGACGUGUCGGUGACACCCGUGGCAACACCUGUGCCACCAGAGGAGAGAGCCAACCUCUGGGUGGUUGAAGCCGACGUCUCCCCCGAGCUGCAGAAGCGCAGCGGCCGCAGGAAGAAGAGGAGGAAGAGGAAGAAGAAGGAGGUGAGCCCGGACCCCGAGCGUUGCCUGGGGGGCUCCGCAGCCCCCUUAGCACCCAGCACCGUCCCCCGCCUGCCCCGCCUGCCCCCCCAGCCCUGCCUGGUCGCCUUUGCCCCCGACAUGCUCCCACCUGAAGCUGCCUUCGCCGGGCGACCAUGGGACAGCCGCCGCAGAGCCAACGUCCUGCACCUCAUCAGCAACCCCUUCUGCCCCGAGCCUGGCUCCCUGGAGGAGGAGAGGCCCAGCACCGGGCACCAGCAGCACAAUGGGGCUCCGCUGUGGCCCCCCAGGCCGGACCCCCGUGCUGGGGGGAUGAGGACUCAGGGCCGUCGGGCUGCCUUGGGGCCCAUCCACUCCCGGACCAACCUGGUGGAUGCACAGCUGCUGGAUGCUGAUUUGGACUUUUGAGCCUGGUGGGAUGCUGUGAGCGGAUGGGGGCUGCCCUGAAGCCUCAUGCAGUGCCAGCAGCUUCUGGGGGGACUUUGGUGCCCAUCCUGACCCACUGAGCUGGUCCUGAGCAUCCCUCCAGCCUGGCCACUGCUGAUUUCUCCCCUUGGAGGACUGUGUUGCUCCCCAGGCAGACUCAAUUCACAUCCCAGCCCAGCGAGAUGCCAAGAGGAGGGUUUUGGGGUGUCCCCCCAGCAUCCCUGUGAGAAGAGAAACUGCAUGUUGGUGGAACAAACCCCAUCCAGGUCCUGCAGGGAUCUAUGGACAAGGGGGACACUGCCUUUGCCCCCCAGGACAGCGGUACCAGGCAGCGGGUGAGCGCAGCUCAGGGUGGAUUUUGGGGAGCUGCAUCGCACACCUUGGGGUGCUGGGACCUGCUGCCACCCCUCCCUCACUCUCUGCCCCCACUGUGAGUAGAUGGUACGUAGAGCUUCCACACACGUGUGCCAAUAGUUGUAUAAUACACCGAGCUGUGGUGCUGCAGCUCAGUGGGGUGAGCUGAUCCCUGCUCACAGGGUGUAGCAGCACCCCGGCGUGCACCCGUUUCUCUGGGUGCACCCCUCAUUCCUUCAGGGGUCCGAAAGUGCCUUCAGCUCCCCAGAGAGCUGCACCAGACCCAUACCACAGGGUUGGUGGUCCCUGACCAGGGGAGGUGGGGACUCACUUUGGGGUGCUCCCUGAGCCAUGGUGCCUAAACCAGGACCCAAACCAGGAGCUCUUGGGGUGCACCCACCCCCUGAGCGAAGCUUUUUGUUAUGUUUUUAACUAAACCUCCCCCAAUUUACACUAAACCCAGCCAAAUGCUGAGGAAGGAGGGCUCCAGUCCCUCCUGGUGUUUUCUACCUGCCCAUUAUCCCCCAGACCAUCUUUGUCAAACCCCAGUAGGCUCCUGGUGUGCCCUCUAUCCCAGUGACCUCCAUGGUGCCUGUUUUUGCUGUAUAAAGGAAAACCUUCCUGUAUCAGUAUUAAAUUUACCACAUUUCCAGUG